UUGAGCUCCUCCCCUCCACUGCUGGGAGGGGGCGUCGAAGGGGCGGGGCGCCGCUCAGCGGCCGGCGGGGAGGGGGCGUCGCGGGGCGGGGCUUGGUGGCGGCGGCGGCGGCGGCGGCGGCGGCGGCGCGCGAGGACUCGGAGGUACCAACGGCGCGCGGCUCCGGCUCCGGACGGCUCGGGGCGACUCGGGCUCGCGCUCCGGCUGCGGCUGCUGCAGGGGCGCCCGCCUCCGGUGCGCUCGGCCCCUGGGCCCGCCGCGGAGCGCAGUUCGCACGCCCGCCGCGCGCCCACCAGCUGCCUUCCCCGGACCGCCGCGAUGCAAGCGGCGCGGGGAGCCCCGAGCAGCGUCCGCCGGCUGCCUCUGAUCAGCGUCCUGCUGCUGCAGCUGCUGGGUGGUGCCCAGUCAGCCAUUGUCUUCAUUAAGGAGCCGUCCUCCCAGGAUGCGCUGCAGGGGCGCCGGGCGCUGCUCCGCUGUGAGGUUGAGGCUCCAGGCCCGGUACGCGUGUACUGGCUGCUGGAUGGGGCUCCUGUCCAGGACACUGAGCGGCGUUUCUCCCAAGGCAGCAGCCUGACCUUUGCAGCUGUGGACCGGCUGCAGGACUCUGGAGCCUUCCAGUGUGUGGCCCGGGAUGGUGCCACUGGAGAGGAGGCUCGCAGUGCCAACGCCUCCUUCAACAUCAAAUGGAUUGAGACCGGCCCUGUGGUCCUGAAGCAUCCAGCCUCAGAGGCCGAGAUCCAGCCACAGACCCCGGUCACACUGCGUUGUCACAUUGAUGGGCACCCUCGGCCCACCUAUCAGUGGUUUCGAGAUGGGAGCCCCCUCUCUGACAUUCAGAGCAACCACACAGUCAGCAGCAAAGAGCGGAACCUGAUACUCCGGCUGGCCAGCCCCGAGCAUAGUGGCCUCUACUCCUGCUGUGCCCACAAUGCCUUUGGCCAGGCCUGCAGCAGCCAGAACUUCACUUUGAGCAUUGCUGAUGAGAGCUUUGCCAGGGUGGUGCUGGCACCCCAGGACUUGGUAGUGGCAAGGAACGAGGAGGCCAUGUUCCACUGUCAGUUCUCAGCUCAUCCAUCCCCAAACCUGCAGUGGGUCUUUGAGGAUGAGACCCCCAUCACUAACCGCAGCCGUCCCCCACACCUCCGCAGAGCCACGGUGUUUGCCAAUGGGUCCCUACUGCUGACCCAAGUCCGGCCGCGCAAUGCCGGGGUCUACCGCUGCAUAGGCCAGGGGCAGAGGGGCCCUCCCAUCAUCCUCGAGGCCACACUUCACUUGGCAGAGAUUGAGGACAUGCCACCUUUUGAGCCACGGGUAUUCACAGCUGGCAGCGAGGAGCGUGUGGCCUGCUCACCCCCCCAGGGUCUGCCAGAGCCCAGUGUGUGGUGGGAGCACGCAGGAGUCCGGCUGCCUGCCCAAGGCAGGGUCUUUCAGAGGGGCCAUGAGCUGGUGUUUGCCAGUACUGCUGAGAGUGAUGCUGGUGUCUACACCUGCCGUGCGGCCAACCUGGCUGGUCAGCGGCAACAGGAGGUCAACAUCACCGUGGCCACUGUGCCCACGUGGCUGAAGAAGCCCCAGGACAGCCAGCUGGAGGAGGGCAAGCCAGGUUAUUUGCAUUGCCUGACCGAGGGCACACCAAAACCCACAGUCAUCUGGUACAGAAACCAGAUGCUCAUCUCGGAGGACUCUCGGUUCGAGGUCUCCAAGAACGGGACCUUGCGCAUCAACAGCGUGGAGGUGUACGAUGGGACAUGGUACCGCUGCAUGAGCAGCACCCCAGCCGGCAGCAUCGAGGCCCAAGCCCGUGUCCAAGUGCUGGAAAAGCUCAAAUUCACACCACCACCCCGGCCGCAGCAGUGCAUGGAGUUUGACAAGGAGGCCACGGUGCCCUGCUCAGCCACAGGCCGAGAGAAGCCCACUAUUAAGUGGAUACGGGCAGGUGGGUGGCAUGUGAGCGUGGGGUGGGGACAGGCAAAGCAGUCUACUGCUCGGACGUGUGCAUGUCUGAGGAGCACCGGUUCGGGAAUCCCUGGCCCCAUGUCCUUCAGAGCUCCCUAUGAUCUUGGUCAGUGGGGAAGUAGGGCUGGCUUUGCUUCGGCAGCCCCUGCCCAAACCUAUCUGUGUCUCCCAGAUAAGCCCGUGCUGGAGGACUCAGAGGGCCCCGGCAGCCCUCCCCCCUACAAGAUGAUCCAGACCAUCGGGCUGUCGGUGGGCGCCGCCGUGGCCUACAUCAUUGCUGUGCUGGGCCUCAUGUUCUACUGCAAGAAGCGCUGCAAGGCCAAGCGGCUUCAGAAGCAGCCAGAAGGCGAAGAGCCUGAGCUGGAGUGCCUCAAUGGUGGGCCUGUGCAGAAUGGACAGCCCUCAGCAGAGAUCCAAGAGGAAGUGGCUUUGACCAGCUUGGGCUCCGGCCCUGCAGCUACCAAUAAACGCCACAGCACGAGUGACAAAAUGCACUUCCCUCGGGCCAGCCUGCAGCCCAUCACCACACUGGGGAAAAGUGAGUUUGGGGAGGUGUUCCUGGCGAAGGCACAGGGCUUGGAGGAGGGAGUCGCAGAGACCCUGGUGCUUGUGAAGAGCCUGCAGAGCCGGGAUGAGCAGCAACAGUUGGACUUCCGGAGGGAGUCUGAGAUGUUCGGGAAGCUAAACCACACCAACGUGGUGCGGCUCCUGGGGCUGUGUCGGGAGGCCGAGCCCCACUACAUGGUGCUGGAGUAUGUGGACCUGGGAGACCUCAAGCAAUUCCUGAGGAUUUCCAAGAGCAAGGAUGAAAAAUUGAAGUCACAGCCCCUCAGCACUAAGCAGAAGGUGGCCCUGUGCACUCAGGUGGCCCUGGGCAUGGAGCAUCUGUCCAACAACCGCUUUGUGCACAAGGACCUGGCCACUCGCAACUGCCUGGUCAGCGCGCAGAGACAGGUGAAGGUGUCGGCCCUCGGGCUCAGCAAGGAUGUAUACAACAGUGAGUACUACCACUUCCGCCAGGCCUGGGUGCCGCUGCGCUGGAUGUCUCCCGAGGCCAUCCUGGAGGGUGACUUCUCCACCAAGUCCGAUGUCUGGGCCUUUGGUGUGCUCAUGUGGGAAGUGUUCACCCAUGGAGAGAUGCCCCAUGGUGGGCAGGCUGAUGAUGAAGUUCUGGCAGAUUUGCAGGCUGGGAAGGCUAGACUCCCGCAGCCAGAGGGCUGCCCUUCUAAGUUCUACCGGCUGAUGCAGCACUGCUGGGCCCUCAGCCCCAAGGACCGGCCCUCCUUCAGUGAGAUUGCCAACACCCUGGGAGAUAGCCCUGCAGACAGCAAGCCAUGAGGAGGGAGCCCGGGCAGGCUGUGCCUCAGGAUGGCGUGGGCAGGGGAAGACCUCUUGAAGGGUACCCACAGCAUGAUGGGCAAGCUCCCGGUUCUUCCUGGCCCUGGAGGCCCCGCCCUGGCACCACAGGCACUGCUGAGGCCUGGGCAGGGUCUGGGCUUUCCUACUCCUCCAACCUCAGCCCUUGUGGAGGCCGAUUUCAGACCCAGUCUGGGUGACUAGGGCCUUGAGCUGGGCAGCUUUCUCUGCCACCCCUUCUCCCAUCAGGGACAGUGUGGGUGCCUCAGGUAACCCCAAUUUCUGGCCUGGGUCUCUUCCCCUUGACCAGGUCCAGUUCUACCACUCACCUGCCAGCUUUGCCCAGGGAGGGCUAGGCUAGAGAUGAGCUGGGAUUGCAAGGAGUUCCUUACUAUACUCAAGCUCCCGGGUAGUUCUGGCCCAGGAGGCCCACACCACGGUCCACACCAGGAUCACGGAGGACACAGCCAGUGAGUCCUCCCCGCCCCCGUGGACUGUGCACACUGACCCAUACCCAUGCCUCCUCUUCACCCUUCCCUCCUUUCCUCAUCCUAAGUGCCUGGCAGAUGAAGGAGUUUUCAGGAGCUUUUGACACUAUAUAACCCGCCCUUUUUGUAUGCACCACGGGCGGCUUUUGUAUGUAUUUGCAGCGUGGGGUGGGUGGGGAUGAGAGGGAGGGGUGGGCCCUGGAGAUGGGGAAGGUGGGCCAUCCAUCCCUACACCUUUAUUGUUGUUGUUUGGUUUUUUUGUUUUGUUUUGUUUUUUACAUUCGCUGCU